AUGAUGGGGUGGUGUUGUUCAGGCAUGUGCAGAGCCGUGACCAUCCUGGCGCUUCUGUGUUCCCUGUGGGAGAGGGGCUGCUGGGGGUUGGAUCCCGGCUCUGGGGAUCUGGAGAGGUCCCCACGCUCUGAUCCCGGCCCCUGGGAGGUCCUACAAAGGCACAAACGCAGCUGGGUAUGGAACCAGUUCUUCGUGCUGGAAGAGUACACAGGCAAUGAACCACUCUAUGUUGGCAAGCUGCACUCAGAUGUGGACAAAGGAGAUGGCCGGGUGAAGUACGUGUUAUCUGGCGAGGGCGCCACCUCCAUCUUCAUCAUCGAUGAAAACACGGGGGACAUCCACGCCACAAAGCGCCUCGAUCGGGAGGCCCAGGCCUACUACACCCUUCAAGCUCAAGCCGUCGACCGCCUGACCAACAUACCAGUCGAGCCCAAGUCUGAGUUUGUGGUCAAAGUCCAGGACAUCAAUGACAACGAGCCCAAGUUUCUUGAUGGACCUUACCUGGCAGGGGUACCGGAGAUGUCACCUCUGGGCACAAUGGUGGUGCAAGUGGCAGCAACAGAUGCUGAUGACCCCACAUAUGGGAACAGUGCGCGGGUGGUCUACAGCAUCAUCCACGGGCAGCCCUACUUCUCAGUGGAGCCCAAGACAGGCAUUAUCAGAACAGCUCUGCCAAACAUGGAUCGGGAGACGAGGGACCAGUAUGUGCUGGUUAUCCAGGCCAAAGACAUGGUUGGUCAGAUGGGGGGCCUGUCUGGCACCACCUCCGUCACCGUGACACUGACCGAUGUCAAUGAUAACCCACCCCGUUUCACUCACAAAAACUAUCAGUACAAUGUGUUGGAGUCACUGCCUGUACAAUCCGUGGUGGCCAGGAUCAAAGCGGAUGAUGCUGACAUAGGCUCCAAUGCAGAGAUGGACUAUAGGAUCAUGGAUGGAGAGGGGCUUGGAUUGUUCAACAUCACCACAGAUGAGGACACACAGGAGGGGGUCAUCAUACUUCUAAAGCCUUUAGACUUUGAGACUCAGAGCAGCUUUUCCCUGAGAAUCGAAGCCACCAACAGGAAUAUUGACUCCAACUUCUUAGGCAUGGGCCCAUUUAGCGACACCACGUCGGUCAAGGUGACAGUGGAAGAUGUGAAUGAGCCGCCCAUCUUUUCCACUCCACUCAGCAAGAUGGUGGUGUUUGAGGAUGCCAAAGUGGGCACCUCCAUCGGGAGAGUCUCUGCUCAUGACCCGGACUACUCCAACAGUGCCAUCAGGUAUUCCAUAGACAGAAACACAGACCUGGAGCGCUACUUUAACGUGGAUGCUCUCAGCGGCAUCAUCAGCACCGCCAAGCUUCUGGACAGAGAGGCAAAUUCUGUCCACAACCUCACUAUCUACGCCAUCGAGAACCGUGACCCUACCCAAAUUGGAAAAGGCAACACUGUGAUCACUGUGCUGGACAUAAAUGAUAAUGCCCCGGUCUUUGCUAUAGACUACGAGACCCUCCUCUGUGAAAAUGCCAUGCCAGGACAGGUUAUCCAGACCAUCAGUGCAGUGGACAGGGACGAGCCUCCAAGCGGCCAUCGCUUCAAUUUCGCCCUGGCCGCGCCCGCUGCUGGAAACCUCAACUUCACGUUACGGGAUAACAAGGACAACACGGCGUCCAUAUUGACAAAACGGGGCGGUUUCCAGCGGCGGGAGCAGCCCGUAUAUCGACUCCCCGUGUUGAUCGUGGACAGCGGGAGUCCGGCCCUCAGCAGCACGAACACGCUGUCGGUGCGCGUCUGUGACUGUGACUCGGACGGCGUGGCACUGUCGUGCGGCGCGGUGGCGUACACAGCGACUGGACUGAGCACCGGCGCCCUGCUGGCCAUUCUGGGCUGCAUCCUCACCCUCCUCGUGAUGGUGCUGCUAAUUGUGACAAUGCGACGGAGGAAGAAGGAGCCUCUGAUCCUCGAGGAGGAGAGGGACAUCAGGGAGAACAUUGUCCGCUACGACGACGAGGGCGGAGGAGAGGAGGACACGGAGGCCUUCGACAUGGUGACCCUCCGCAACCUCAACGUCAUCAGAGACCCCAAGGUCCGGCGAGACGUCACCCCAGACACGCCCACCUUCUUUCACUACCCGUCGUCCUCACGCCCGGCCUACAAGUCCCUCCCAGACAACGUGGUGUUCAGAGAGUUUAUCUGGGACCGGCUGAAGGACGCUGACAUUGACCCGUCAGCGCCCCCGUAUGACUCGUUGCAGACGUACGCAUUUGAAGGGAGCGGCUCGGUAGCAGAGUCACUAAGCUCGCUGGAGUCGCUAAGUACAGACUCCGAGCAGAACUACGACUAUCUCAGCAAUUGGGGACCACGCUUCAAAAAGCUGGCCGACCUGUACGGGAACACCGAGGGGACCAGUGUCUUCUCAUAG